AUGGUUAAUUUUUUUGGUCCUCCGAAGACGCAGAGUUACUAUAAUCCAAAUUCUCCGAUACGGUCACAUCCCGUUUUACGACACGGUAAAGAUAAAGAAACGGAAAAGGAUAAAGAGAAUGAUAAGGGCGAUGAAAAGGGUGAUGAAGACAUAGAAACAGACUCGAAAGAAGAAAAAGAACACCAAACGACAGAUGCACAUAUAAAGAAAGGGCGUGGGCAUAAAAAAGGAAAGGACGAGCCAGAAACGGAAACAGAGGUCAAUACUAGACUAAAUGCGCUACUUUAUCAUACAAGCAAUGAGACGGUGGAUUUAUACAAACUGGAGAAUAAUUCUUCAGAUCUAUUGGGAAGAUUGUAUUACGAUGACUACGACUCAGAUGCAUUGAGUUCCCCUGAUCCUUCGAGUCCAUUGGCUUCCCCAAAUGGAAGCUUUACACCUACCUCUGACUACUUUAAUUCUAUUUUGGCACAUACUUCGGCGACAUCACCUAGUAUUGCGUCUACUCUAGGAUCUCCAUCGCCUUCUCCGAGCAUCGGAUCAAAGCUUAUGGGUUCACAGUCAUCUUCAGCUUUGGGCUCUUUAGCGACGCCAGGUUCUAGGGUUAGACCAGAAAUGAAAAGAAUUAAGUCAUUUGAACGAGGAAUUUCUUUCGAUACGUCUACUGAUAGUCAUAGAAAAUCGUUAACUUUUAAGGUUAAACAUCCACACUUUAGAUUUAGAAGAAAUAACAAGACAUUUUUGGCGGGGUUUGACAAUGGCAUAGAGUCGUUAAAGGCAAUUGAAUGGCUAUUUGAUGAGAUGAUUGUUCAUGGUGAUACCGUGAUCAUUUUGCAAGUUCUUGAUGAGAAGCAACACGAAUUCAUUGACAAACGUCAAGCCAAUAAAGCGCUUAACAAGAUUGAAGUAUUGAAUACGCAUUUUAAGAAAGUUUCGUUGGUAUUUGAAGUGGUUAUCGGUAAACCCCAAAAACUUCUAAAGAAGGCAAUAGAUGAGUAUAGUCCGGCGAUGAUGAUUAUAGGUACUCGACAUUAUGGAGAUAAAGCCAAUGCAGGCCACUCCAAAUUCUUCUCAUCUAAGUCUUCCAUGUCGAAGCACUUUUUAGAAUGUGCAUUAGUACCGGUAAUUAUAGUCAAACCAACUUACAACUACGUUGAAUUACUUCAACACCCAAUAGAGUCUGAGCUGUAUUUCCAAGAUUGGCUCAGCAGCAUUGAUAUAAGCGGAACUUAUACGAAAGACAAGCACAAACGUAAAACUAAAUUAAAUUUCGUCACUUCGUUAAGUCCGUCAUCUUCCAGAUCCAGUUCGUAUACUGAUAUGUCGUCAUUAGCACACUCCGAGAGAGGUAGGGCCAUACCGUCUACGAAGGAAAACCAGCCUUUUAAAAAGGAUAUAGAAGACAGAGGAAGGCCACAGGCACCUUCUAACAAAGAAGACAUUCCCAAAUUCCUAUUGAGCGAAUCGAGAUCGAGAUCUAGAUCCAGGUCCAAAUCUAGAGAUUUCUCCAGGAUAUUUGGACGUCAUCAUUAG